AUGCCGGCCGGCAGCAGGAGACGACGAGACGUAGACGACGACGCCGAUGACGACGACCAGCGACCGCGCCAGCGAAGGACACGCGAGAGCUCCGUGCAGGAAGAUCCAGACCCAGAUCCAGACCCAGACCCAGACCCAGAGGAAGCCGACGACGAUGGUGCAGACGUCUCGCGCACCGGCGCCGAACCCACGGCCGACCAGCAGCUCGCCAAGAAGCUGAUCCGCUACGCCAUGGCCUGCGACUACGCCCGCCAGCCCAUCCGCAGAGACGGCAUCAAGGAGAAGGUUCUCGGCGACCAGGGUAGGGCCUUUCGCCGCGUCUUCGACGCCGCCCAGGCGAUGCUGCGCGACGUUUGGGGCAUGGAGCUGCGCGAGCUGCCGAUGCGGGAGAAGCACUCGCUCGAGGAGAAGCGCCGAGCCAUCAAAGCACAAUCCCAGGCCAAGACGAGCAGCGGCCUCUACGUCCUCUCGUCGACGCUGCCGCCCGCCUACCGCGCCCCCGCCAUCGUGAGCCCGUCCAGGACGCCAGACGCCGAGGCCGAGGCCGCCUACGUCGCCUUCUACACCCUCCUCACGACCAUCAUCCUGCUCAGCGGCGGCGAGCUCAGCGACGCCAAGCUGCGCCGCCACCUGCACCGCCUCAACGCCGAGGACAACGUCGGCACCGAGCCGACCGAGGACGUGCUCAAGCGCAUGCAGGCGCAGGGCUACGUCGUCAAGCGCGUGCAGCGCGACGUCGCGAGCCAGGCCCACGACGCCCUCGAGAACACGACCUGGUACGUCGGCCCGCGCGCCCACGAGGAGGUCGGCCCCGACGGCGCCAGCGGCCUCGUGCGGCGCGUGUGGGGCCCGCAGGAGGGCGACCAGGCGGCGGACGAGCUCGAGAGGAAGAUCCGCGCCAGCUUCCGCAUCAAGGACGCUGCUGCUGCUGCGGCGACGGCGGCGGCGGCCGAGGGCGACGACGAGGCGACGCCGGCCGUGGACGUGUCGGGGGCGGACGGCGGGCGCUACGCAUGA